CUUGGGGGCGGGGAAUGUCGGGGGAUGCUGCUACGAUUCAUACAGUUCCGGCAGCUCCUGGAAUCGCGAGCUCGACGUCUACGUGCAAACGCCGCCUCUAGCGCAAACGCGGCCGACUCUAGCAAUGCUCGAUCUGCGUACGGCCACCACCUACCAGGGAAACGGUGAGUAUGACAAGCAGGCGCCAGUGGACGACAACAUCUUCGCGGACACCACGGGCAGCCUCAACUGGGGCGCCUGUGGCCACUUCACGUCCUCCCGAUGGUGGGGCGUCGACCUCGGCGCGGAUCGCUAUGUCGGAUACAUCCGCAUGCUCAACCGCGACGUAGCCACCGAACGCUUGCACGACGUCGACAUUUACUUGGGAAGCUCGUACGGCACUGUUGGGACACCCAGCACUAUGGUUCGUAGCGGGGUGCGCGUCGACUCGAACUCGCCGUUUUACUUCACGAUCAAUGCGCGCGGCCGGUACCUCUUCCUCCGCAACAACGCCGCCGAUGGCCUCACUGUCUGCAAGCUAUAUGUCUGGGCAUCGCCGACUCUAGCAAUGCUCGAUCUGCGUACGGCCACCACCUACCAGGGAAACGGUGAGCAUGACAAGCAGGCGCCAGUGGACGACAACAUCUUCGCGGACACCACGGGCAGCCUCAACUGGGGCGCCUGUGGCCACUUCACGUCCUCCCGAUGGUGGGGCGUCGACCUCGGCGCGGAUCGCUAUGUCGGAUACAUCCGCAUGCUCAACCGCGACGUAGCCACCGAACGCUUGCACGACGUCGACAUUUACUUGGGAAGCUCGUACGGCACUGUUGGGACACCCAGCACUAUGGUUCGUAGCGGGGUGCGCGUCGACUCGAACUCGCCGUUUUACUUCACGAUCAAUGCGCGCGGCCGGUACCUCUUCCUCCGCAACAACGCCGCCGAUGGCCUCACUGUUUGCAAGCUGUAUGUCUGGGCAUCGCAAGCAUGAAAGGGCCACGAACAGAACGCUAAGCCGAUAGCGAACGACCCUGGCCCGCAGGGAGGGGGGGGGGGGGGGAUGCAAGUGUGCUUUCUUGCUUAUCUGGCGUGCAGCGAGAAACCACACCCCUCCAUACAGCCUGUUGCGUAAACCACGCCAAGCGGGGAUUU